AUGUCCGACGUCCCACCAACCGAGUCCAUUCCCAAACCAGAGGAACCUAAAGAACCACAACAGUCUCCUCAGCAACCUCAGUUCCAGCAAGUACCUCCGAAUUACUACCAAUUUCCACCUCAAGGUUACUACCCACCACAAGGCUUCCCGAACUACCCUCCUCAGCCUAUGCCUUACUUCCCCAACCCUUGGAUGUUUAUGCAAAACCCUGCCCCACAAUUCCAAUUCCAAUCUCAGUCCAAGAGAGACCAAGACUUCGAAGAAGGUCUGAACCGCUUACGCAAAGAGUAUGCUACAGUUCCAAUUGAGAGAAAGUUGUUCCCGGACCAAAAAAUAUAA